GUACCAAUGAAGACACCAUCCUCAUGCUUCUGACGGCUCGCUGCAACGAUCAGCGUCAGCAGAUAAAGGCAGCGUACAAAAAGACCUACGGAAAGGACUUGGUCAGUGCGCUGAAAUCGGAGCUGGGUGGGCUGUUUGAGGAUCUGAUUGUGGCUCUGAUGAUGCCAUCAGUUUUAUACGACGCUUCUGAGCUGCACAAGGCUCUGAAGGGCGCCGGCACCGAYGAUCAGGUCCUGAUUGAGAUCCUGGCCUCCAGGACCAGCGAAGAGAUUAAAGAAAUCAUCAAAGUCUACAAGAAAGGACUUGUUCRCCGCCGGUAAGGGCAAGUUUGGCACAGAUGAGGAAAAAUUCAUCAAAAUUCUUGGCAACAGGAGCGUGGAGCAUCUCAGGAAAGUAUUUGAUGCCUACAAGAAGCUCUCUGGCGUUGAUAUAGAAGAGGACAUUAAAAGCGAGACCACUGGAAAUUUGGAGACUUUGCUACUAGCUGUUGUGAAAUGUGUCAGGAACGUCCCGGCCUAUUUCGCCGAGAGCCUCUAUAAAUCCAUGAGGCGAGCUGGAACUGAUGAUAAAACCCUGACGAGGAUAAUGGUGUCGAGGAGCGAGGUGGACAUGUUGGACAUCAGAGCCAACUUCAGGAAACUGUAUGGACAACCUCUUUAUACCACCAUCCAGGAGGACACAGACGGAGACUACCAGAAGGCGUUGCUGUACCUCUGCGGCGGGAAAGAUUAAUCAUGUUUAUGAUGUGUUCAGCAGCGCUGAGUGAUGAGCUGCUGCGAGACGAAUCUAUACGCCAGAGACGGCGAAUAUCGAUCUUCUUCUUCUGACUUUAACACGAUAUCGAUUGAAUUAAUGUGAACUACCUGGAUGUCAUUUUGACUCAUAUCUGCAGUGUGAAGAAUAAAUUAAACAAAAUCUUUGCUUGCUUUUA